AGGAUCCAUUAGUUUCCUGAGCAAAGCUGGACUGGUCAGGAAGAGUGUGAAGAAAGGUUGCUUAGUGAAUUUUCGGAUGUCUGGAUCCCGUGUAAGCUCACAGGAAAUAUGAAGAGAGAUCCGGGAUACCGGAGGCAGAAGGUUCAGACACAGUUAAGACCCACCAUCCAACAGGAAGGAGAAGGAAUACAGCGAAGACUCCAAGACACUGAGCCUUGCCUGGGACACAGGGGCCAGGCAUGGGUCACAUUAACAAGUCAUAAAGUUCACCCAAUCACCAGGAAGCCCAUGUCUUGGCAUGAUAACUUGGAGGAGCCUGCAGAUGUCAAGUUCUUGAAUGUCAUUCACCAUGCUGCACAUGGUCCAAGGAUGAAAUAUUCAGAGACGCAGACUGAAGCCCAAGAAAUUGGAUGGAACCCCCGUCCCUUGAUCAAUCCAGACCGCCAGGACAAGAGGCUGAACCACUUCAAGGUCUACCGCGACAUCACUCUGUACAAGGCUAAACUGUGGAGGCUGGGGGAGGAGAAUUACCUGAAGUAGCUUUCUCUUGGUAGAGUAAGACCUACACAACGAAUUCCUAUGGUGUGUGUUGUCCAGAAAAAUAAAUGUUGUGUUUGUUAAAUAUUACACAAGACAUAUUUCACAGAUCAUGUGAGUCAGGAAGGCUCUGACAGAAAAAUGAUUCAGGAGGCCAGUGGUGAUGGGCUUGAAGGUAAGAUACUUAUUGUGAGAGGAGGUCUGAAGCAAAACAAAACAAAAGUGGACAAACAAACAAAAUGUUAGACAAUCAUGCCACACACCUUUAAUCCCAUCACUAUCUAUAGAGAGAGACAGAGAGACAGAGCAACAGAGUGACAGAGACAGACAGAGACAAAGAGACAGAGAAGCAGAGAGUGUUGCACAUUAACUUAUGGUGAAGGUCAUUACUUCGUUCUAGUUUCAUUUCUGUUGUCAUAAUAAAUAAACUGACAAAACGCUGCAUAGUGGAGGAAGGGUUCACUUGGGUUACAGUCCUGUCAGUUCAGGGAAGUCAAGGCAGGAACUCAAGCUGCUAGUCACAUCUCAUCCUCAGUCAGGAGCAAAGAGGCACAUUGCUGAAAGCGUUACAGCUCUUCUCCAGCAGGGGAAGGUUUGGUUCCUCAAUGCAGGUGUAACAGCUCUGCUCCAGGAGGUAGCCUGGCAUUCAGAAUCUAAAGAGUCACACCACAAAACAAACCUCACACACGAGAUAUAUUGGGAGGGAAAACCCCAGGAGGUGGCUACUUCUGCUUGGGAAGAAGCAGCAGGGAACUGAGCAGAAGGUGGGUUUAUACAGGGUUUCUUGGAGGUGUGGGGGGUUGGGGGAAGCUUUCCAGGGUGGCCUGAGAUUAGAGGGAUCCUGUGGCCUGAUCUUGAAGCUCAGGGAUUGGUGUUAUUUUUUUUUUUUUCCUCUUGGCCCUGGUUUCAGACUUAGAUCAGGGUGUUUUUUCCUCGACUCUUUUAUCUUACACAUGCAUCUAUGCCGCCUGCUUGCCACUCAGUUUGGCUGUGAAAUGGUGCUGCUCCCAACUUUGCAAUCAAUACAGUCCCCACAGACAUGCCAACAGACCAACCUGAUACAGACAGUUCCUCCUUCAGACUCUCUUCAGGCGGUUCUAGGUUGUGUCAAGUUGACAGCCAAAGUAGCCGGCUCACUCCACACAGAACCGCCAGAAACUGGCAAAUGGAACUUUGCAAAGCAAAUAAGAGGAACUAACUGAAGAGUUUGCCCACGUAAUGAAAGAAAAUCUGUGUCAUCUGUACGUCUGACAGGGGGUCAGUAUCUAGCAUAUACCAGUAACUCAGAAGAUUAAGAAAGAAAGCAAACAAUCCAGUCAGCAAAUAGCCAAGCAGAAAUGGAUAGUUCUCAAAAGCGGGAACAAAAUAGCCAGUAACACAUGAAAACUGUUCAACCUCACUAGCCACCAGUGAAAUGCAAAACAGAACUACACAGGGAUUCCAUCUUGAAUGAUCACGUUCAAGAAACAAAAGCAAAUGCCGGUGAGGGUGUGGAGAGAAGGGAACCUUUGCUCCCUGCUGGUGGAGUAUACAGUCUGGCCAUUAUGGAAAUCAAGAUGGUGAUUACUAAAAAAACACUACAAAUACACUGCCCAAAGGUCUCCUGUGGCAUGUCUUACUAUAGAUAAACCUCAGAGUCCGUCAUCAGAGGAAUGGAGAGGAGAAAUGCAGUUUAUAUACACAAUGGAGUCCUUUUCAGGCAUAAAGUAAAUGAAGUUACAUAGUUUUCAGGAAAAAUGAGUAAAACUGGAAAUAAUCAUAUUGAGUUAAACCAGUCCCACAAAGACAAAUCGUGUAUGUUUUUCUCAUAUGAAGGUCCUAGAUUUUACAGAGACAUAAAAUUAUGUAUAUAAGAGUGAAAUUGUUCAGGAAAACAAGGGCGACUACCGAUGGGAGGAGAGGUGAGUAAGGGCAGGGUAGGGAACAUGGAGGAGUGUUUACUUAAAGCACAAUGUGUACUUGAAUAAAAAUGUCCUUAUGUAACACAAUACCAUGUAUAAUGGAUGACUACAAUGAAGCUUCUUCUGUUCUGAUUAUUUUGAGAUAGAGUCCUGUUGUGUAGCUGGGCUGGCCUGGGACUUGUUGUGUAGGCCUUGAACUCACAGAGAUCCAUCUGCCUCCAUCCCAUGAAGAUGGGCUAGAGGAAGUGAUACCAGGGAACGCAUGGGAAUCAGAAAGUAAUGACGGAGGUUCCACCUGAGGAGCUCUGCUGUACAGUAAGAAAGGGAGUUGAGGAGGAAGGGUUGGCAAGACAGCUCACCUUGCAGAUGAAGGUGUUUAUCUAUGUGCACGUCCUGCUUCAGUCCAGGGCUGGGCCUGCAGGGCAUCCCAAAACACUUGGUAUCUUUACAGGACAUGGCCUUUAGCAUUGAGCAGCCUGAGGCAGGCAAAUUGGGAGUUCAAGCUCAAAACAACAAAGCAAAGCAAGAAACAAUAACAAAAAGAAAGGAAAAAAAUUAAAGCGCUUUGCCCUAAUAAGCUGUCUUCAUUUUCAUAGUGAUGGUUAACAUCAAACUUGACUAAGGAAGUAGUCAUCAGUAAAAGGGGAAAUCAGCCAAAAAGGAAACAAAUGCACUCUAAAAGGAAUUACCGAAUGAAUGGCUAGUAUUGCAAGUUUAUUAUUUAAUUUAUGACAAGUUAAAAAGUUCCUAUUGCGUUCAGGUUGAGGGUACACCAACCUACUAAAUGUAACCUAAUGAUAAGGCAGAAACUUUGUCCUGCAGUUAUCAUUUGAUCAAAGUGUAGAUGUGUCGCAUUGAGCACUGAAUUAACAUCACAAAUGGUCUGAGCUGCAUUUGAGUCCUGGAUUCAUGUUCCCAGUUGGUCCAGAACCACGGCAGGACCUGUAGAGCUGGGUCACAUCAUGUCUUCUGGCUCAGGUUCUGCAGGCUCUGCUUGAUUCCCUGUGAGAUGUGCAGCCACGUUAAUGCUGUUUGAGCAAAGAAAGUGUUGUGGGAGAAGGGCUUCAAAGGAAAACAAUCAACACAAGUAAACAAAGAUUAA